AUGACCGAGUCGCUCGUGUCCGGCUCGGCGAACCCCGUCAAGUUUGUGCGCGCCCACGCCGGCAAAGGCGCCGUAUUAAACUACGGGCGCCGCACACGCUCUGGCGCGAACAAAGCACUGCGCGCCGCUACUGGGCUCGGCCAGGCACACGACGAGCACAGCGCGCCAAAGAAGCCGCUGCCGGAACUCCGCACGUUUUCGCAGCCUUCCUCCUCGGUCAACUCGCUCUCGUGGCUCAAGUCGGGCGGCGCACAGCAAGGUACGAGCGACACUGGGCGCCCAAUGCCGCGGAAACGCACCGCACUGAUUCUCCCGGGCCAGGGGUCGCAGUAUGUGACCAUGUCGCGCGAUUUGUACGACCUGUUCCCUGCCGCACGCCACGUGUGGCACGAGGCCGAGGAGACGCUCACCGCUUUCAUGCAGGGCCAGCCGCUUACGAAGGACGACAUGGCGCUCGCGAGUCCCCUCCGCAGCGCGUUUGAGGAGAAGCUCUUGCAGGGCGCCACCCUCGAGACGACACACGCACCCAAGCCGGGCUGGCUCUUGGACCUCGUAUUUGCAGGCGACCAGCUCGAGCUGACACGCUCCGAGAACGCACAGCCGGCGAUUCUCGCGUGCACGCUCGCACUGCUCGCCGUGCUGCGCCACGAGUUCGGCGUGGACCUGGUCAAGGAGCAUAUUCACUGGAGCGCGGGGCACGGCUCGGGCGCGUACGCGGCCCUCGUCGCCUCGGGCUCCCUUCUCCAGGUCGAUGCACUGCGUGCGUUGCGGUACCGCGGCCUUGAGGCGAUGAAGUGCCUCGAGAACCACCCGGUGCUCUUCCCCGAAGGAUCCAAGCGGCCUGCAAGUAUAUACGAGACGUGGGGCUUUGCGAACGCGGGCAGUGGCAAGGGCAGCGACCUGAUUGUCGAGACGCUGCCUUCGGAGCCGUCUCCGGACGAAGACGGCUCGACGCGGAAGUGGAAAGGCACGCAGGUCAGCGCGGUCGUCGUGCGCCCGGGGCGUCUCCAAGACGCCUUGCGCGAGGUCGACACGGUGCAGCACGAGAUCCACAACGGACUCGUGCCCGGCAUUGCGCGCGACGAGUUUGUCGCCGUGGCCAACGUCAACUCGCAGCUGCAAAUGGUCGUGGCAGGAACGCGUGUUGGCGUGUCCUACGCGUGCGACCGCCUGCGCUUCAAGCUGCUGGGCGCGCGCGCCGCCAAUCUGCCCGUCUCUGGCCCGUACCACACGUCGAUGGUCAAGUCCGCGACGGACGCCUUCCGUGGCGUAGUCGACGUGAUGCCGAUCCACGAUCCUUCGCCCGAUCUGGCGGUCGUCUCGUCCCUCGACGGGCACGUCUACCAGGACAGCGUCGAUAUCCGCACCGAUCUUGGCAAUGCGCUCGACGCGCCUGUGCACUGGGUGCAGUCGAUCAGCACCCUGGUCGAGCAGGGGGUGCGCCGCUUUGUGUGCCUCGGCCCCGGCCGGGCCUGUGCGCACCAGCUGAGCAAAGAGCUGGCGUACUACGAAAAAAGCCUCGGCUCUGCUAUGAACGACAAGUCCUCCAACUCCGAGUUUGAGGUAUGGAGCGUUUCUACCACCCAGGGCAUGGAGCAGCUCGCCUCCGCCCUGCGCCGCGUGCCGCCGGCGCCAUAG